AUGUCAUCCUUUUUCCGACGCAACACCGAAGCACAAGAAGAAGCUUGGAGGGAUGAAGAGCAGGGAAAGUCUUUGGAAGAUCAUUGCAGCAAGGAGUCGCGUGUGGAAGAUGUCAGCAUGGACUUGUCCUUCACGGGAAGUUCUGACGACUCGUACCGGUACAGCGAGGAUCAGCGAGAUGAGAUCAAGGAAGUCGAAAAGAUGGCUCAAGCCGACACGAAGCGAGUCGCCAGGUGGCGUUUGGCGGCUACCUUUGUCUUGCUCUUGACGGCCUUCUCCGUGACUUUUACAUCCUAUACCUUUCUCAAGCAAGAGGAAAAGAACAACUUUGAAACUGCGUUUGAUCAGUUCUCUCGCACCGUCUCGGAUGCUGCCCUCGGACAGCAACGGGAUAUCCGAGAGGCACUAGACUCCCUGAGCACGACUCUCUCUGCCUGGUCCAACAGUGACAAGAACAACGAAUCCUUCCCCUUUGUCACAUUGCCCAACUGGCAGGCUAUCGCCAAGAAUACCAUGAAUCAAGGACACUUCGAGUCUGUGGCCUUUGCACCCAUUGUCUUUCGAGGACAAGAGCAAGCGUGGUACAACUACUCCAGUGCCAACAUCAACUGGGUACCCGAAGCUCACAUGUACGAGUACGGGCACACCGAACGACUCAUCCACCCGGUACAAUCCUUCCAUCCCUACUUUUCCGCUUACGAGUCCUACGGAACAGGACAGUUCCUCGAAGAAACCACGUCCCGACCAUUCUACGUGCCCUUUUGGCUCUUUUCUCCACCUCCCAUCUCCUACGCGUGGCUCAACGGCAACUACAUGGCCAAUCCUCCUCUCCGCGAAACCAUCAACUCCCUCUUGGCCAUGCAGAAUGAAACACUGGUCCGCAAAAACGGACGACACAAUGGCAUUCCAUUGGCAUUCUCCGAAGAAGAACACGCCCACUACCACUCGACCCUCAAGAAUUCCAGCAUUCAAAACCCGCACGGCUUUGUCUAUCACCCCGUCCACGAGCAAACGGGCAAUUCCAGUUCCGGUGUGGCCGGAAUCAUUAGUGGAACUCAUGCCUGGGACGCGGCGCUCCUGAACCUGCUUCCCGAAGGAGUGGCAGGCAUCGAUGUCGUGAUUCGUAACACGUGCAACCAAACGUACACGUAUAACCUGGUCGGGCACGACGCCUUUUUCGAAGGGGAAGGCGACUUUCACGACAUUCACUACGAUGCUUACGAAGUGCCACUCCAGCUUCACUCGUAUUCUCAUGCCGACUUUGACAACUUUCCCGGGCACUGCCUCUACACCAUGCACAUCUAUCCCAGUUGCGUCUUCCAACAGGCAUACGAUACAAACACCCCCGAAAUCUUUGCUCUCAUUGUUGCCAUCACUUUUGUGUGUGUUGCCCUUGCCUUCUUUAUCUACGACAGCACCCAGUCUACACGAAACACCAACUUGGUACACAAGGCUGCCCAAUCCAAUGCUAUCCUGACAUCGCUCUUCCCAGAUACCAUCCGCGAACGCCUCAUGCAUCAAAAGCAAGAAGAGCAAAUCGCAUCUUCCAAGAAGAAGGGCAACUUGAAAGCAUUCCUGCAUGGUGACGCUGCUGCUGGUGGAAGCGGCAAGACGCUUGACGGAUACCUCGAUCAACCCAUGGCAGACCUCUUUUUGGAUGUGACACUCCUGUUCUCCGACAUUUCAGGCUUUACGGCUUGGGCCAGUGUCCGUGAACCAACACAAGUCUUUUUGCUUUUGGAAUCACUCUACGGCGCAUUUGAUAAGAUAGCGAAGAGGAGGGGGAUUUUCAAAGUGGAAACAGUGGGCGAUUGCUAUGUGGCUGCCUGCGGGAUUCCAACCCCACGCCCAAAUCAUUCUGUAGCCAUGUGCCGGUUUGCACGAGAAGUGCUUUCAAAGACAGAUGUCCUCCUGAAAGAGCUAGAAGUCAUCCUAGGUCCAGAUACUGCAGAUCUGGGACUUCGAGUUGGCAUUCACAGUGGUCCUGUGACAGCUGGCGUGUUGAGAGGAGAAAAAGCUAGGUUCCAACUUUUUGGCGACACAGUCAACACUUGCAGCCGCCUCGAAUCCACCAGUCGUGUUGGUCGUGUACACUGCUCCAAGGAGACAGCAGAGCACAUUGUCAAGAUGGGAAAAGAGGCAUGGUUGGAGAGACGGUCUGACCCAAUUGCCCUGAAGGGAAAGGGCAUGCUUGAGACCUUUUGGGUGAAUGUUCAUGGAGAAAGAGUUCCCUCCGUCGCCUCCCUUCCCAAUAUGAACAAUGAGACUGCAGCAGAAGCUACGCGCAAUGACAUUGUAAAGCACUGCAAGCCCUUACCUGGUCUUUCAGAGAAAACUCAUCGUUUGGUAGAUUGGAAUGUUGAGAUGCUGCUUAGAAUCUUGAAGCAAAUUGUUGGUGCCCGGGCUGCAGCUACAAAACACACUAUGCGUUUGUCGUCCCAAUCAAGGUCACGACAAGUCCAAAAGCUGCAGCUAUCGUCCAAUCCAUUGGAUGAAGUGAGGGAAAUCAUCAUGUUGCCUGAAUUUCAGAAGUGUGGUGCGGUGGACGCUGAGAAAGUAAAGAUACCUGCGGAUGCCAUCAAGGAGCUGCAUCACCUCGUCAGCGUCAUUGCUUACAAAUACAAUGACAAUCCUUUCCACAACUUUGACCAUGCAAGCCACGUUGUAAUGAGCGUGGUAAAGUUGAUGAGCCGAAUAAUUGCUCCUUCUCACCUGGAUCAAUCUGACAAGGCAGCGGCUUCCAGGCUUCACGACCACACAUACGGUAUCACUAGUGACCCUCUUACACAGUUCGCCUGUGCGUUUUCGGCAUUGAUUCAUGAUCUUGACCACUCUGGUGUUUCCAAUGCCCAGCUAGUCAAAGAAGGUUCAGAGCUUGCAACGAAGUAUGAAGGCCGAAGCGUGGCAGAACAGAACUCCCUGGACCUAGCCUGGGAUCUUUUGAUGCAGUCUGACUUUGAGAACCUAAGGGCCUUGCUGUUCAAAGACGAGUCGGAUCUUGUUCGAUUCCGUCAACUCGUCGUGAAUGGCGUCAUGUCCACGGACAUUGUAGACAAAGAGUUAAAAUCCUUGCGGAACGAUCGUUGGGAGAAAGCGUUCAAGUCUGGCAACACCCGUGAUUCCACCAACGCCAUGGAUAUGAGUAUAAGCAACUGGAGCCGGCAAGAGGAAGCUCGAGACGAUGUGAACCGGAAAGCUACCAUCGUGAUUGAGCACAUCAUUCAAGCUAGUGACAUCAGCCACACAAUGCAACAUUGGCACGUCUACAGAAAGUGGAACCAAAACUUGUUUGAAGAGCUUUACGUGGCCUACCUGAAAGGACGAAUGGACAAGGACCCUGCAACUUUUUGGUACCAGGGAGAGUUUGGAUUCUUUGACUUCUAUAUCAUCCCUUUGACACAAAAACUCAAGGACUGCGGAGUUUUUGGCGUUUCCAGUGACGAGUACCUUAACUAUGCCAAGAAGAACCGAGAGGAAUGGGAGACACGAGGGGAAGAGGUAGUGGCGGAAAUGGUUGCCGCCGCUCGGGAAAAGUAUGGCAUCAAAGCUGCGGAUGGCAGCAUCGUCCGUGCUGACCAGGAGCAAGCGCUUCCGCAGGAGGACAAGCCGGUUACCCCGGAGAUCGAAUGCUAG